GGGCUAAAGACACAAAGUCUAAAUCAGAAUCUCUGAUGUUUCGACUUUCAAUCUUCUGAAAAUUGAAAACCUAAAAACACUCGUCUUCUCACAGCUCUCAGUUCUCGUGGCGCAGGAUCGCGGCUGGGCGGCAGCAGUCUCUCCUCUCACUUCUCAGCUCUCGCGGCGCAGGAUCGCCGACUGGGCGAUCGGCGAACCUCUGUCUCGUCUCCUCUCAAUCUCUCACAGGCAGCAGCAGCAGCGGCGUCACAAAACCUCAGAUCAGAGCGAAUCAGAGAGAGAAAGAGAGAGAGAGAGAGGGAGUAGAAGGCCAUGGAGAAGAUCUGCGUAGCAGUCCGAGUAAGACCUGCAGUAUCCUCAGAACCCUUUAAUGGAACCUUCUGGAAGGUCGAAGACAAUCGCAUUUCUCUUCACCACGGCACCCCUAUCUCUGGCCUCUCUUACGCUUUUGAUCAUGUAUUCGACAAAAGUUGCACUAGCCACUAAUGCUAGGGUUUAUGAGCUUCUUACAAAGGACAUUAUUCACGCCGCAGUUGAAGGCUUUAAUGAAAUCGUAGUUACAGUGAAACUCAAGGACCUAAAGGCAAAAACAAAUAACGAAGGCAGAGCAGCUUAGGGCAAAACUAACCUCCCAUACUUUGACGCAACGCGUGUGAACCUCUCCGCCAAGCAUGGCCGGCGAUUGCACGUUUUCUCCGACCGACGACACCUUAUCACCUCACACCAACCUCGACAUCACCCUAGAAGGUUCUCAAAAUAGUGAGCAACUGCUUGAGGAUGAUGGUGACCUUGAGAAUGACCAUGAAACUGAGCAAUUGUUUGAGAUUGAAGGCAAUGGCCAUGAAGGCAAUGACUUCGAGAAUGAGUGUGAGCAAUUGUUUGAGAUUGAAGGCAAUGACUUUGAAACUGACAGGGAUGAUACAACCCUAGAUGAUGGUCAAAAUGGGAUAUCUGAAAGAAAGGACUAUCCUCCACCAGUUGUGGGGAUGGAGUUCGAAUCGUAUGAUGAUGCUUACAAUUAUUAUAAUUGCUAUGCCAAGGAACUCGGAUUUGCUAUCAGGGUGAAAUCUUCUUGGACGAAACGCAACAGCAAAGAGAAGCGCGGUGCAGUGCUCUGUUGCAACUGCGAGGGUUUCAAAACAGUUAAAGAAGCAAAUACUCGAAGGAAAGAAACUAGAACCGGUUGUCUAGCAAUGAUAAGGUUGAGGUUAGUGGAAUCCAACAGGUGGAGAGUUGAUGAAGUGAAGCUUGAACACAACCAUUCAUUUGAUCCUGAAAGAGUGCAAAAUUCCAAGUCACACAAGAAGAUGGUGACUGGGGAUAAAAGAAAGGUAGAACCAACUGUUGAUGUAGAAGUACGAACAAUCAAGUUGUAUCGAACGCCUGUAGCAGACUCAAUGGGUAAUGGGAGUUCAAAUUCCAAUGACGGAGAAACUAAUGACCAUGUUGAUCGGUCUAGGCGCUUGAAGCUGAAAAACGGAGAUGCACAAGUCAUUUACGAUUUCUUCUGUCGGGUUCAGUUAACCGAUCCGAAUUUUUUCUAUGUGAUGGAUUUCAAUGAUGAAGGAUAUUUGAGGAAUGUGUUUUGGAUUGAUUCUAGGGCCAGGACUGCAUACAGUUAUUUUGGUGAUGUGGUUGCAUUUGACACAACAUGCUUGUCAAACCAUUAUGAUAUUCCACUCUUUACAUUUGUGGGUGUGAAUCACCAUGGGCAGUCUAUUCUGCUGGGUUGUGGUUUGCUCGCCGAUGAGGCGCUAGAAACAUAUAUUUGGUUUUUUAGGGCAUGGCUGACAUGUAUGUCUGGUCGCCCUCCGCAAACUAUCUUAACAAACCAGUGUAGGACCAUGCAAAGCGCAAUCGCAGAGGUGUUCCCUAGAGCUCACCAUCGAUUUUGUUUGCCGCAUGUCACUCAAAGCAUUCUUGAUAAUUUGGGAGAAUUGCAGGACUACGUGGCAUUUCAGACGGUAUUGAGGAGGGUGGUGUAUGAUUCUAUAAAAGUGGAUGAAUUUGAAAUGGCUUGGGAAGAGAUGAUUCAGCGAUUUGGAAUAAGGGAACAUGAGUGGCUUCGAAAUCUGUAUGAAGAUCGAGAGCGUUGGGCUCCGGUGUACUCAAAAGACACAUCUUUUGGUGGAAUGUCCGACUUUGAAAAGGGCGAGUCCGUGAGCCCUUUUUUUGAUGGUUAUGUGUAUCAACAAACUUCUUUGAAAGAAUUUUUUAACAUGUAUGAAUUAGUUCUACAAAAGAAGCAUCAGAAAGAAGCUCUUGAUGAUCUUGAGUCAAGUGAUUCAAGCCCCAUUUUGAAAACAAAUUGCUAUUAUGAGUUGCAGCUCUCUAAAUUGUAUUCAAGAGAAAUAUUCCAGAAGUUUCAAGACGAGGUAGUGAUGAUGUCUUCUUGUUUUGGCAUAACACAAGGUCAUGCAAAUGGGCCAGUGGUAACAUUCAUGGUUAAAGAACGUGAUGGAGAGGAGAUUCUGAGGGAUGUCAGGAGUUUUGAAGUUAUGUAUGAUAAAGCAGGAGCAGAAGUCCGCUGCAUUUGCAAUUGCUUUAACUUCAAAGGCUAUCUUUGCCGGCAUGCUUUAUGUGUCCUAAACUAUAAUGGCGUAGAGGAAAUUCCUUUUCAGUACAUAUUGUCAAGGUGGAGGAAGGAUUUUAAGCGUUUCUAUGUGCCAGAUCUUGGCUCCAAUAAUGUUGAUAUUACAAACCCUGUACAGUGGUUUGAUCAUUUGUACAGACGAGCCAUGCAAGUUGUUGAGGAGGGGAUGAUAUCCCAAGAUCAUUAUAUGGUUGCUUGGCAAGCAUUUAAAGAGUCUUUGAAUAAGGUCCGCCUUGUAGCAGAUAAGCAUGUGUAAAUUACAAUAACACUAAUAACAAUGUGGAUAAGUCUUUCUGUCA